AAAACAAACACAAUAAAAUAAUAGUUGUAAUAGAUGAGUGUUUAAUAUUUUGGAGAAAAGCGCGUAUUCCUACACAGUAUUCUUCAAACUGUGUUAUUAAAUUAAAAAUAUUGUAUGAGAAAUAGAGAAAGUUGGACUAAAAUAAAUCUAGAAAAACAGAAACACAAGAACAACAUUACAAUAUUUUUUCUAAAGGAUUAGACAACCUCUUUGACAUUUCUCAUAUCGAAGCUCUGAAUAUGAUGAGUAUUGAAGAAGACAAACAGUUUUUAUUGUCGCAACUUAAAAAAGGCCGCUCAGGGGCAUGCUUGGUAUUGAUAUGAAGUUAACAGGUAUUGAAAAACGUAAAAUUACUCAACAAGAAGAAGAAGAUGAUCGAAAGAAAAAAGAGAAGUUAGAAAUCGCAAAUUGUACAGCCGAAACUCAAUAUUAUAGCAGCUCUAGCUCGGAGGACGAAGAUACUGAUAUGAAGGAAAACGUUGAAGAAAUGAUUCAAUUACCUGGGCCUUCAAAAGAAGUAAAUGCACUAGAAGAUAUAUGUUGUUUUGUAGUUGAAUGUUAUAUUAAAAUGUGGUUUUCAGCUGCGAACAUUGUAACAGCUCCUAUAAAUGAUUUAAUGUUAUUAAAAAAGUUAUUAAACUAUAGUAAUAAUAAACUAGGAGAAGUAGCUAUAAAAAAAUUUAUAAACCAUUUAGGGUAUUUAAAUGAUAAGUGUGCUGUGUUUUCUUUAUUUGAUGAUCGACUUGACAUUAAUACUAAGCAGCGAAUGGCAAAAAAAAUAUUAAAAGGUUAUGACAGAGCACGAAUGAAGAGCCAGAAAAAAAUGAAGAUUCAAAUUAAAAAUUAAUUUUAAAAUAUGAAGAUUUAUCAGUUUUUCUAGAAAAAGAUCUUCUUUUUUCGUUGCUCAGCAACAAUUCAUGGAAAUUAUUCGAGCGAUUUAUAUUAAAAUUCAAGUUUUUAUAUGAAGAUCCUACCACAUGGGAAAUAAAUAAUGAAUACAAUAACGCCAAAAAAAAUAUUAUCCUCCAUAAAAAUAGUAAACGACAGAAUUCAACGACAAAUUUACAAGGGAUGAAAAUCAAAAGCAAUUUAUAUUACAAGUAUGAAAUAAUAUAACAAUACUGCUAAAUUUUAAAUUUUAAAUUACUAUAUUUGUAUUAUAACCUUUACUUUGGACUAUUUUAGGUGGUUCAACAAUAUCGCCAACUGUAUCCCAGUUGUAGCCAAGAAAUUUUGAAUAAAAAAUAUUCAAAUUGGAAAAACUAUUAUUGUGAUAAACAACUAUUAUUUUAUUGUGUUUGUUGUUUUUUUUUUUAUUUAAUAUAACUAAGAAAAUUUGUUCGUUUA